AUGUCCGGAGAACGUUGCUUUCGAAACCCUUAUUGUGAUUACAACGAAGAUGUGCACGGAAAUAGCAACGAAUAUGUUUCCAAAGAAACUGUGCUGACACUGAUUAAAACUUAUGUGGAUAUGAUAUUGAGUAAGAAACAUGAGACACCACGAGAUGAUCUGUAUGUUGGGGCCGCCGGUACGGCGUUUAUGUUUUGGAAGCUGUCCCGGUCGCCAGCAACGGCAAAAGCCUACCCGUGUUUGGAUCAUGCCGCGAUGUACAUUGACCUAGCAAAAACAAUAGCCACAGGAAAAGGACAGUCUAACAAGCGCACUGUAGCAUUUCUUUGCGGUAACGCUGGGAUAGCCGCAGUUUCGGCGGCCAUUUCCGACGCGCGAGGCAACAAACAGGACGCUGCUAAGGAUGUCGAAGAAUUUUUAGAAGGUUUUCGCGUUUGCACGACAGACGACAACUGCGAUGACGAAGUGCUGGUAGGCCGAGCGGGUUAUCUUCACGGCGCUUAUUGGUUGAAUCAAGUAGUCCAACCGAAACCAAUAGCCAACGUGGAUGUGGAGAAAGUGUGCGAGACCAUUAUGAGGCGCGGUCGCGAGUAUGCUUCUAAGCAGCGUUCCGCUUCUCCGCUGAUGUAUGCGUACCAUGACAAGGAGUAUCUUGGUGCAGCCCACGGCAUUUGUGCCAUUUUGCAUGCCUUGCUCGAAUCCCGAUGGUUCCUUUCGUCGGAGGAUGGCAAACUUAAAAAUGUUAGUUCUGCCAAAGUAGCGGACAUAAAAAAUUCAAUCGACUACGUGCUGUCUUUGCAAAGCGACGAUGGGAACUUUCCUACAAGGCCCGAUUCAGACAGAAUGCUGGUACAUUGGUGUCACGGAGCCGCCGGGGCAAUUUAUCUUCUGGCCAAAGCAUAUCUCACAUUUAAAGAAGAACGUUAUUUAGAAGGUUGCCGCAAGUGUGCCAAUACUAUCUGGGCCCGUGGAUUGCUUCGCAAGGGGCCAGGCAUUUGUCACGGUGUUGCUGGGAAUGGGUAUGCCUUUUUGUUGAUGUACAGAUUGACGGGCGAACGGAGGUAUUUGUACCGAGCUCAAAAGUUUGCCGAAUUUUUUACCACCAGCACUUUCUCCGCCCGAGUGCUGGCCCCCGAUCGGCCUUACAGUCUCUACGAAGGAUUGUCCGGUACGGUUUGUUUCCUGGUUGAUAUUUUAGAUCCAACCACUGCCAGUUUCCCAUUUAUGGAUGUAUUUGAAAGCAAAGUAAAUGCCCACAAUGACGAAUAA